AUGGUGGGCCACCUGCAUCUGCAGGACAUGGAGGACGGCCCGAAGGCGCAGGGCCGCGAGGGCUUGCUGGACAGCCCCGACUCCGGGCUACCCCGCCCCAGCCCCAGCCCGCCCUUCUACGCCCUGGCGCCCGGCACCCUGGACGCCCGCACGGGGGGCGCCGGCGUCUCCUCGGAGCCCCCCGGAGCCCCUGCUCUCCUGCAAAGCCCCGCGGCGCCCGAGAUGAGGCCCCGGCUGCUGCCCGUGUUCUUCGGGGAGAGCAUCCAGGUGGACCCGGAGCCCGAACACGAGAUCCGCUGCAACUCUGAGGUCACCUACGCCUCGGAGAGACACUUCCGCGACAAGGUCUUCUACGCGCCUGUGCCCACGGUCACGGCCUACAGCGAGACCAUCGUGGCGGCGCCCAACUGCACGUGGCGCAGCUACCGCAGCCAGCUGACCCUGGAGCCGCGCCCGCGCGCGCUGCGCUACCGCAGCACCACCAUCAUCUUCCCCAAGCUGGCCCGCAGCUCCUUCCGCACCACGCUGCGCUGCAGCCUGGGCCGCCCGCGCCGCUCCUUCUCCGCCAGCCUGCGGCUGCAGCCCUGCGGGGACCCCGCGCCCGCGCCCGCCGCGCUCUGA